AUGGCUCUGCGGUGGCUUUAUCCUCUCUCCGUGGCGCUGGUGUGGGGCUGUGUGACCUCCUUCUCCUACCACACUGCAGUUGCUCCCCCACAAGACCUUCGGAUCACUGAUCCUGGACUCCUAGGUUCUCUCGAUAUAGAGUGGAAAUCACCAUCCAAUGUACAAAUCUUCAAUGAAUGCACAGUAAAAUACAAGUUUGAAUACCGUAACACUGGUGACACAGACUGGAAGGUUAUUUUUACUAGGAAGCUAAAAUUAAGAGUUGGAUUUGACCUCAGCAGGACCGCUGAAGUGAAGGUACAGACACUGCUCGAAGGACGGUGCACCAAUGAUGUGGAGGUGCAAAGUGACUGGAUUUAUGCUACAUUUCAGGUCCCAUUGCAAGGAAGACUAGAAUCAGAGGUUCAGAAUUUCCACUGCAUCUAUCAUGACUGGAAAUACCUCAAGUGCACUUGGCAACCAGGUCUUCUUGCUCCUCGCAGUGUCCAUUACAGACUAUAUUAUUGGUACGAGGGGCUGGACCAUGCAGUGCAGUGUGAUGAGUAUAUUCAGGAUCACGGUAUAAACAUCGGUUGUAUGUUGCAAAAUCUGAGCCAGGCAGAAUAUAAGGACCUGAGCGUUUGUGUCAAUGGUUCGGCGGCAGACGUACGGCCAUUGUAUGUCACCCUUCGCCUUCACAACCUAGCAAAGCCCUCGCCCCCAAAGCAGCUGGUGGUUUCCAUGUCUGCAUCUGAGGAGCUCCACGUGGCAUGGAGCCCGCCAGGCGGUGAAACGCCAUCCCAGUGCCUGGAGUUUGAGGUUCAGCUGGCAGAAGAUCAGGGGGAAGCCAAGGCUGCCUGGGCGUCUGUGUCAACCCAAAUGGAGACCACUUUAACAAUUUCCAGAGCAAAUCAAAGCCACAUUUCAUGUGUUCGUGUCAGGGGAAGAACAAAUAUUUUCUGUGCUGACCAGGGCUUUUGGAGUGAAUGGACGCAGGAGUGUUUCUCUGUGCCCAGAAAAGAGGACAAGCAGCUAUUUAUCAUCAUUCCAGUCAUUCUGAGUUUGUCAAGUAGUCUCAUAAUAUUUAUGUUGAUCGGCCAGUGCAAGAAAAGGUAA